AUGUUACAGCACAAAAACCUCUCUCUUUCUUUUUUCUCUUUCUCUCUCAUUCUUGUCCCCUCCUUUAGAAGAGCUCCUGAAGUACAGCAGGUUAGUCAAACUAAACAGCAACAGGUCCCUCCAACUAGUAUCAGUUUUAAAGACGUCAUUGAGAAGAAGGCUGAAGAACUGGGUAUUGUGUUUCUGCCGUUAGCAAAAAGACACGAAGGCAAACAGUUACAUAGUUUUGGUGACUUGACCAUUUACAUUGAUAGAGGUGUCAUUUUUAUAAUGGAGUCCAACCACUCAUGGAUCCCUAUUUCACUGGAAGAACUUGUCAAUAAAACAUCAUGAAAUUAUUUUAAAAUUCAUGUAUAUGUAUAUAUUUGUGAGGCUCUUGGCCUCUUGCUAACUGAUAAUGGCCGGGUAGACCGGUUCACGACUCGAGA